AUGAUUCUUACCUGUCAACAUGACUCACACCGUUUUGAGGAUCGCACCAUUGUUGUCAAUGAAGUUAUUAAAGUUGGCCGUGCUGUUGCCCGAUCUAAGGCAGCCCCUAACAACGCUAUUUUUGACUGCAAAGUGCUCUCGCGAAAUCAUGCCAUUAUUUGGUUUAGUUCUGAUGAGUUUUGGCUGCGAGACACAAACAGCAGCAAUGGAACAUUCGUAAACAAUACCCGAGUCUCUAAAAGAGAUGACAGCGAGUCUAGUGAUCGGCAAAUAUUUUCAGGUGACGUAAUUCGUUUCGGCGUGGAUGUCGUUGAACACGAUACGACACAUGGUUGUAUAGUUGCAAGUGUCACUCUUUUUCUCCCAAAUGGUCAGGAAGCAAGACCCAAGCUUGGUCACACAGGUGAUGUCCUUCCCAGUGGCCUUAUUUCCAUCAGCAAUGAGCAGAUGUUCCAGAUUUCCUACUUCUUGAGUGAUACGGUUUUUCGUGAACAAGCACUCGACAAGAAAUUAGAGACCUUACGGCAGGCUCUUCAGCAAGCUACAGUCGCCUCAGAAUUAGGGUGGCAGGCAAUGCUCAAUGAGGAAAAGCUGCUGCAGAAAUUGGACCUUUACGAAGCGCAGAUGCGACUGUUCAAGGAGGAUCUUCCCGAAGGUUCACUCAAAAUGAGGUUGAGUGAAUUACUCGAAGAAAAGAGUCUCCAGGAGGCAGAAAGUAAGAACCAAUUAACCAAGCUCCUUAAGGAUAAGGAGGUUGCUUUGCAGCGUGUCAGAGAUCUUGAGCGAACUCUUGAGGACCUCAAAGAGGAAUGCGCAUAUUUACAAGGCGAAUACACUUCCGCUCAGGAUGCCUGUAGCAACAUUUCUGAUGAAUACAAAACAAAUUUGACCACGAUUUCUCAGCGCGUUAAUGAACUUACCACGGAGCGUAAUCAAUUGCACGAGCAACUGGUUCAGGCAAAUCAAGAAAACACUGCUCUCAAGGAACAUUGUGAACAGAUUUCCCACGAACUGGGUGUGACUAAAGAAAUGUACGAACAGGCCAAAUUAAAAGCCAAAAUCUCUGCCCUCGCUCCAACUACGGAUCUUGAUUUCGCAACCAGUGAAGAAGUAAAGCCUGAAGAACCAUCUGGAGUGACUGCUUGUAGCGCCAACCCAAGUGCCGUUGUCGACGCUUCAAGUCUUUCAUCUUCGUCAAUCGAACCUCUGGUUAAACGCAUCGUACGACACAACGAGGCCGCCAUGACUAGUCUGCAUGCAUACCUACGGCAGGUUAAUCCCUUGGCAGCUGCCGAACUCAUUAACAAAAUCUGUAAGUUGAUGUUUGCUUUGCCCUGUCACUGGUAA